AUGACAACUAUCCAAUUUCAUCAUUUUAACCUUAUAAGUCUGUGGAGGAGAGUAAAUCAGCCGAAUUUUGCGAGCGUCGCUUGGGCAGAACAUAUUUGGAUCAUGUCCCUCGAAGAGUCAGGUUCUUGGGAAGUUUUUGCAAAGCUAGAAAAUAAGGAAAAAAACCGAAACAGCUUAGUCCCAUGUUGGGAUCACACUAGGGUUAAGCUGACUGCCGAUGAUUCUGCGUCAGACUACAUCCAUGCCAAUUAUGUCGGUGGAUUUGAAGAAAAGAAGAAGUUCAUCUGCACCCAAGCACCGAAAAUCAACACAUUGGUCGACUUCUACCGGAUGGUCUGGAAUGAAAAUAGCCGCAUCAUCGUCAUGCUAGUGAAUGUGAGUUCCAGUUGCUGUCAGUAUUGGCCUUCCAAAAACGAUGAGACUCUGCAAGCUGGUCAGUUCACGAUAAAGAGAACGAACGAAGAAACCUUCUUUAACUAUGUUGCGACGGACUUGACUAUAAGUGUUGGAUCUGAAGUAUCUCGUAAAAUCCGCCACUUUAUGUUUACUGGCUGGAGAGAAAAUGACGUUCCUGAUGACGUAGCUCAGUUUUACCGGUUUGUGCGAAGAACCAAUCAAAGUCGCGCAGCAACCGUACGAUCAACGAAGCUGAAUCAAGGUCGACCAGGGCCUAUCAUUGUACACUGUGACACGGGGAUUGGCCGAACUGGGACCUUUUGCACCGCAGACAUCGCGGUCUUGAAGAUGAUGAAGACCGCAACGAUAUCAAUACCAGAAAUUGUUGCUCGUGUCCGACAACAAAGACAUUCCAGUGUGAUCACGUUUGAACAAUACUUUUUUUGCUAUCGUGUUUUAAUACACUUUUUGUCGCUUAUGUUUCAGAAAUUAACUGGUACGAAAAUCAAAAUACCUAGAUUAUAA